UCUCAGCUGCCACAUAAUUGUUUGUUUUCCAUCUUUCUCCACUGCAAUAGUAAUUUUGCGUUCUCUUAGGCUCUUAGCUAAAGCAAUUCAUUAAAACCCAAGUCCCAAAUCAAAUAUCUCCCUCUGAAAUUAUGCACCCAAUUUAUAUUGAUUUUCUUUUAUAAAUUACUCCUAAUUACCUUAGGCUAAGGAACGCAGUUCUAUUGCACGACAAAAACCAAGAUCGCCAUACGAGAAACUCCAGAUAGCAGAACUUUCAAGCUAUGAUGUCAAGUGAGCAAAGAUUAAGGGAAGUAGGAGAAGGAUCAUCAUCAACUAGUAUAAUGCUAGAGCCAUCUGACGACCAUCAUCAGCUACCAUCACCACCACAACUGAGCCGUUAUGAGUCUCAGAAACGCCGUGAUUGGACUACUUUUGGACAGUACUUGAAGAACCAUAAACCCCCAGUUCCUUUAUCCAAUUGCAACUACAACCAUGUGUUAGAUUUUCUCCGGUACUUGGAUCAAUUCGGAAAAACUAAGGUACAUUUACAUGGUUGUGUCUUUUUUGGAGAAUCCGAGCAAGGAGGUCCAUGUACUUGUCCACUUAGGCAAGCAUGGGGAAGUUUAGAUGCACUAAUUGGAAGGCUUAGAGCUGCUUAUGAGGAAAAUGGUGGAUUGCAAGAGACAAAUCCAUUUGCAAAUAGUGCUAUACGAAUUUAUCUUCGUGAGGUAAGAGAUUCUCAAGCUAAAGCAAGGGGAAUUCCUUAUAAGAAGAAAAAGAAGAGGAAAAUCCAAAUUAAUUCUAGUAACAACAACGAGACACCUGCAAGAACCUUUCAGUUGCAUUCUUCUUGAUCGCUUUGGCCUAAUUCUCAACAGGAAAAUAAAAAAUGGUAAAAUUUCUUUCUUUGAUAAUAAGAGGAUUGCUUUGAUUUGCUUUUGCAGAUAUGGUCAGACUUUCAAUCUGAGGAUUAAUUAUCUUCAUAUAGUAUGAAGUAAUUAAGGAUGUAUAAUAUAUAUACGUUCUACAUAAAACAUUCUGAUUAAGUUGUUUCUCUACGCUUUCUUGGAUAUAUCAUUGAAUUAGCUUCGGGAUGUGAGUGGGAGCCCUAAAUUAGAGUUUUAAAAACCCUAAAAGUUUGUACAGCUUCUACUAGUUAUUCUGGAUUAAAUUAAACUUUGAUCUUCUAUAC